AUCUACUACCACGGGGAGCCAAUCAGUGUCAACGUUCACGUCACAAACAACACCAACAAGACGGUGAAGAAAAUGAAGAUUUCAGUGCGUCAGUAUGCAGACAUCUGUCUAUUCAACACAGCACAAUACAGAUGCCCGGUCGCAACAGAGGAGACAGAUGACGUGGUGGCUCCGAGUUCAACGUUUUGUAAAGUCUACACCCUCACCCCUUUCCUCAACAACAACCGAGAGAAACGUGGUCUGGCAUUGGACGGGAAACUGAAACACGAGGACACAAACCUGGCUUCUAGUACAUUGUUAAGAGAGGGAGCCAACAAGGAGAUCCUGGGUAUCAUCGUAUCCUACAAAGUCAAAGUGAAGCUUGUUGUGUCUCGAGGCGGACUCUUAGGAGAUCUCGCAACGAGCGAUGUCCAUGUUGAGCUCCCAUUUACGCUAAUGCAUCCCAAACCAAUCGAAGAUGCAAUCUACAGAGAUGCUGCAGACGAGGCGCCAAUAGACACAAACUUGAUAGAAUUUGACACAAAGUAAGAAGCUCUACUCCUGGUUUGUCUGA